AUGGCCGGCCACCCUUUGCGUGAGGCCCCGCGAGACCUCUCCGAGAUCGCCAAACAAGAAGAAUCCCUGAUCCUCCCCCACUUCACCGCGGACGACGCCCUCGAGAUCGGCCUGGCGAUCCGCCACCGGCUGCGCGCCCUGUCGACCCUCGCGGCGGUGGUGUCGAUCUCGCUCGCCAACUCGUCCAACCUGCUCUUCCACGCCGUGUCGCGCCCGGGGAUCCAGCCGGACAACGACGUGUGGGUGUCGCGGAAGCGGAAGACCGUGCUGCGCUGGGGGGUGAGCACGUGGUUCAUGCACAACAAGUUCAAGGGCGACGAGGAGGCCUUCGCCCGCAAGUACAUGCUCGGCGCCGAGGGCGGGGCGUACGCGAUCCACGGCGGCGGCGUGCCCGUGCGGGUGCGCGGCGUCGACGGCGUCGUCGGCGUCGUGGUCGUGAGCGGCCUGAAGCAGGAUCAGGACCACAUGGUCGUCAUUGAGGCCUUGGCCGAGUUCCUCGACCAGUGCGGCAAGGAGGCCGAGAGAGAAGGGAAAGAGGAGGAUGGGAGGUAG